CUUUUCCCAGGAGGUGAUAGUGCGAAAGUUGAAUUAGGUGGCUACCCACUUGCAGUAAAUAUAAUAUUAUGUCAUCGACUUUCUUCAAUAAUUUGACGAGAGCUGGUGUCGGUUUGGUUGCUGCAGGCAGUAUACUCCCGCUGGUCCUUUACAAUGUUGAUGGUGGACAUCGUGCUGUAAUAUUUGAUCGGUUUAAAGGCGUCAGACCCGACGUAAGAGGAGAAGGGACACACUUUAUCAUUCCAUGGGUUCAGAAGCCUAUCAUUUUUGAUAUCCGAUCAAGACCAAGAAAUAUACCUGUUAUGACUGGUUCUAAAGAUCUACAAACAGUGAAUAUAACGUUGCGCAUAUUAUUCCGUCCUGAACCAUCUGUUCUACCAAAGAUUUAUCAGAACUUAGGUUUUGACUAUGAAGAACGUGUACUUCCUUCUAUUACCACUGAGGUACUGAAAGCUGUGGUUGCUCAAUUCGAUGCAAGUGAACUUAUAACUCAACGAGAAUUGGUUAGUCACAGAGUGAAUGAAGAUCUUACAGAACGAGCUUCAUCAUUCGGUAUAUUGCUAGACGAUAUUGCUCUAACUCAAAUCUCUUUCGGUCGAGAAUUCUCGGAAGCAGUAGAAGCUAAACAAGUUGCUCAACAGGAAGCUGAACGUGCACGAUAUUUGGUAGAAAAGGCUGAACAACAUAAAUUAGCUGCUAUCAUCUCAGCAGAAGGUGAUUCAGAAGCGGCAACAUUACUAUCUAAAUCAUUUGGAUCAUCCGGUGAAGGUUUAAUUGAGUUAAGACGAAUUGAAGCUGCUGAAGAUAUUGCUUAUCAACUGUCGAAAAGUCGAAAUAUCACUUAUAUUCCCGAUGGUGAACAUACAUUAUUGAAUUUGCCUACUACUGCACAAUAAAAUUGAUUUAUGGUUUACACCAUUGUAGAGUUGUGUGUUAGAAGAGGAGGAGAAGACAUUGUGAAUAGUAGUAGUUAUUAUGUGCUGUAAAAGAAACUAAGUUGGAAUACUAUCAAUUAUGCGCAAUUCAUUUGUUUGACCACAUUAUAUUAGCAUUUUGUAUUAUAAAUCAUCAUUUACCUAAUUAGUGUAUUCAUUGAUCCUUUUGUUGAUUAUUAUUAUUUGAAAGCUGCUAUCAAUGUU